AUGGCCGUCACGGAAACACCAUCCAUCGCUGUCACUCUUUGUCUCACCCCAUCUUCUUUUCCAAAGGAUAUAGAACCGCUUCCGGAGCUAUCAAUCUCAGCCACCCUUCACGCCACUCAGCCAAUCACCAUAUUUACCUGGCCCUCCAUCUUCAAUCCCAGUGUUGCGCUAGUGCGGCACAACUUCUUCGCCGAGGACCUUACCACGGGGGAACCAGUAAGGAUGGACACGUCCAAGAUAAAGCGCAGGGCAUACAUGCACCAGCGCGGAGAUUUCGACGAGAAAUAUCACUUUACUCUGCAUCCAGGGUCAACAACGGUUGUGUCUCAUCAUUUUCAUCCGAUGAGAUUUAAGCCUGGUCACCAAUAUCGACUUGGUGUUACGGAAGGAGAGGCGCUACCUGAUUGGUUGUGGUGGUGGGGUACCUUCGACGAUGUCCUUAGUCCAGAAGAGGGCCCUCCGAAGGAUAUCAAACACUUGGAAGGCAGAUUCCCGCUUGAGCUGAAGGCCGAGCCCAUUGUGUUUACAGUGGAGGAGAACAGAAAUUAUGGCGAGCACAGCCCACAGUGA